AUGGGUGUAGCAGGGAACGCAGAGUCCGGCAAACCGGUCUACCAGCCGGUGCCCUCGAUGCUCAACCGCAUCGUGUACGGCACCAAGAUUUCCACGUUACAGCACUGGUACUUCCAAAAGGCUGGCUUCGAGGCAUGGAGGUCGUACUUUUGGCCCCCUGCCAUACGGCCCGAUCUCAUCAAGCAGUACGACUGUAGAAAGGCGUUGCCCGUUCGCAUCUUCUUCCCCUCCGACUACGACCAGACCUCCCCGCAAACCCUUCCCACCCUCUUCACGAUCCACGGAGGCGGCUUCUCCAUCGGCGUCCCCGACGACGAUGACGAGUGGAACCGCACCUUUGCCGACCUCAACGGCUGCCUCGUCAUCGCCCUCCACUACUGGAAAGCCCCCUGGGCCCCCUGGCCGCACGCCCUCCACGACCUCGAGGCCCUCUACCUCGCCAUCGUCGACGACGAGUCCCUCCCCAUUGACAAGUCCCGCAUCGCCAUGGGCGGCUUCAGCGCGGGCGGGAACCUGACGCUCUGCCUGUCGCAGAUGAAGUCCGUCAGGGAGCACGCGACCGCCGCGCCGAGAGCCGUGGUGCCCAUCUACCCGCCCACGGACUUUGUUACGCCGACGGCGUCCAAGAGGAAUCGUAGGCCGUACAAGGUUGGGCAGUUGCCGGGCAUCCGAGGCCAGAAGAAGGAUUUUGUGCUGGAUUUUGCAGAGGUGUUUGAUUGGAGUUAUAUCCCCUACGGCACAAACUUGCGGGACACACGGAUCUCCCCGCUGUAUGCCGAGAGGGAGGACUUUCCCGACAAUGUUUGCAUCGUCGCCGCGGAGCUGGAUUAUCUGGCCUACGAGGCGUGGGAGCUGGCGUGUAAGCUCGGGGGUAAAGGGAAGCCUACCUCGGGGAUGGCGGGCCGGAACGAGGUGGCCAAGACGCAGGAGCUUGUGGAGUCUGGGGACGAGAGGUUUGGGUGGGAGGCGAGGGACGCGCGGGGGAGUGUCAAGUGGUUGUUGGUGCCGGAUGUGAUUCACGCGUUUGAUUUUCACGAGAUGGGGGCCGCGGUGUCGGAUGCGGAGAGCGUGAGGGAUGGCAAUGCGAAGGCGGUCAAGGUGAUGAGGGUUGUUGGGGAGUGGUUGAGAAAGACUGCUUGGAAGGCGUGA